GAGGCCCUCCCGCUGCGGGACUCGCGACGCAACUCCGGCUCGUCCCCCCCUCCUCCUCGCCCCCCCGCGCGGCGGUGUUAUGGCCUCUUGCUGGGGCGCGGAAGGGUCCCUUGCUUGGAGGUCAGCGCAGCUCCUGCUCCUCGUCGCCUCCUGUUGCGGAAACAGUGCUCUUGCAGAACGUUCUGAAAAUGUGCAUAUUUCAGGAAGCUCAACUGGUUGUGGAGACAUUCCAGAACAAAUUAGAGGGCCAAGUGGGAUAAUCACAAGCCCAGGCUGGCCUCUUGAAUAUCCUGCUAGAUUGAAUUGUAGCUGGUACAUCCAGGCAAACCCAGGAGAAAUUAUUACAAUAAGUUUUCAGGAUUUUGAUGUUCAGGGAUCACGGCGAUGCAGUUCAGAUUCCUUAACAAUAGGGACCUACAAAAAUAUGGAAAAUUACAGAGUAUGUGGAUCCUCUGUUCCAUCUCCAUAUAUCUCCUCACAAGACCACGUUUGGAUCAGAUUUCAUUCAGAUGAUAUCAUAUCCCGGAAAGGCUUCAGAUUGACUUAUUUUGCUGGGAAAUCCAGUGAAUUGAGCUGCGACUGUAACCAGUUCCACUGCGCUAAUGGGAAAUGUGUUCCAGAAUCUUGGAAAUGUAAUGACAUGGAUGAAUGUGGAGACAAUUCUGAUGAAGAAAUCUGUUCCAAAGCUAAUCCUCCAACUGCUGCUUCCUUCCAACCAUGUGCAUACAAUCAGUUCCAGUGUCUCUCUCGUUUCAAUGUUUAUACGUGCAUUCCAGAAUCUUCAAGAUGUGAUGGAAACCUUGACUGUCUUGACUUAGGAGAUGAAAUAGACUGUGGCCUGCCAACCUGUGGGCAAUUACUAAAAUAUUUUUAUGGUACUUUCAAUUCUCCUAAUUAUCCAGACUUUUAUCCCCCAGGGAGCAAUUGUACUUGGCUGAUAGAUACAGGAGAUCACCGCAAAGUUAUUUUGCGUUUCACUGACUUUAAACUUGAUGGUACUGGUUAUGGGGAUUAUGUCAAAAUAUAUGACGGAUUAGAAGAAAACCCACACAAGCUAUUGCGUGUUUUAACUGCCUUUGACUCUCAUGCACCUCUUACAGUUGUUUCAUCUUCUGGUCAAAUCAGAGUGCAUUUUUGUGCUGACAAAGUAAAUGCUGCAAGAGGGUUUAAUGCUACAUAUCAAGUAGAUGGUUUUUGUCUGCCCUGGGAAAUUCCCUGUGGUGGAAACUGGGGAUGUUACACAGAGCAACAGCGUUGUGAUGGCUACUGGCAUUGUCCAAAUGGAAGGGAUGAAACUAACUGCACCAUGUGUCAGAAGGAAGAAUUCCCAUGCUCUCGCAAUGGUGCCUGUUACCCACGCUCGGACCGCUGCAACUACCAAAAUCAUUGUCCCAAUGGUUCUGAUGAAAAGAAUUGCUUCUUUUGCCAGCCAGGGAACUUCCACUGCAAAAAUAAUCGCUGUGUGUUUGAGAGCUGGGUGUGUGAUUCUCAAGAUGACUGUGGUGAUGGUAGUGAUGAAGAGAACUGUCCCGUGAUUGUACCCACCAGAGUAAUUACAGCUGCUGUCAUUGGAAGCCUUAUCUGUGGGUUGCUUCUUGUCAUUGCAUUGGGAUGUACUUGUAAACUGUAUUCAUUAAGAAUGUUUGAACGAAGGUCAUUUGAGACACAACUGUCAAGGGUUGAGGCAGAGUUACUGAGAAGAGAAGCACCUCCUUCUUACGGACAGUUGAUUGCACAAGGUCUAAUUCCACCAGUUGAAGAUUUCCCAGUUUGUUCACCAAAUCAGGCUUCGGUUUUAGAAAAUUUGAGACUAGCAGUGAGAUCUCAGCUUGGAUUUACCUCUAUUAGAUUUCCAAUUGCUGGCCGGUCAAGUAAUAUUUGGAACCGAAUCUUUAAUUUUGCAAGAUCUCGUCAUUCUGCAUCCAUGGCGUUGGUGUCAUCAGAUGGAGAUGACCUUACCAGCCAGAACAGUAACAGAGAAACAGAAAGAAAUAGUUCACACCGAAGCCUCUUUUCAGUGGAAUCUGAUGAUACUGAUACAGAAACUGAACGAAGAGACACAACAGGUGCAGUUGGUGGUAUUGCUGCUACUUUGCCUCAAAAGGUCCCUCCUGCAACAGCUGUGGAAGCAACUGUACUCUGUGGAACUUCCUCAACACAGAAUACUAGCAGUAGUACAGACAGUGGAAGAGAACCAACAAGCAUGGAUCCUCCAAGUUCUAGUCCAGGACGCCAUCAGUUUUCUAAUGCGUUAAGUCGUAUGACUCAAGGGUUACGCUGGGUACGCUUCACCUUAGGAAGAUCAAGUCCAGUUAAUCAAAACCAAAGCCCUUUGAGACAGCUUGAUAAUGGAGUAGGUGGAGGAAGAGAUGAAGAUGAUGAUGUUGAAAUGCUAAUUCCAGUUUCUGAUGUAGCAUCAGACUUUGAUGUGAAUGAUUGUUCACAACCUCUGCUUGAUCUCACUUCGGAUCAAGGACAAGGGCUUAGACAGCCAUACAGUGCAACACAUAAUGGAGUACGGUGCUGUAACCGAGAUGGCCCCUGUGAGCGCUGUGGAAUAGUACACACUGCUCAGAUACCUGACUCAUGCUUAGAAGCUCUGUUGAAAAAUGAAAUUAGUGAUGAUGAGGCUUUGCUACUCUGCUAAGUGUUGGUUGAAUGAGUGGAAAUGUCUGCAAGUUGGAGCAAUAUGGUGAUUGUUUUUGUACUUCACCCUUAAGGAAAAAAAUAGAUUUUUGUUUCAAAAAGAACCCAGGGCAACUCAUGUGACUUCCAAAUUUGAUUGUGCAUGACUGAAUGAAUCUGUCGCAAGAGGAACUAAAAAAAGAUUGUUACCAGUCUACAUACGUAAUGUAUGUUUGUUGCUAGGGUGGUGGUUUUUGUUGUUGUUCUUGUUAUUAUUAUUACCCUUUAAGGGUCCUUUUCCUGAGAGCUUUUCCUAGAGCUGCUUUUUCUGUUAGAGUCCUUAAAGCCUGGGCAAGGUGUUGACGGAGGAUGGGUUGUCUCUGUAAUUUUUGAAACACAUAACCAGCGGGUGAACUUGGUGGAAUUGUGCAGCAUGCGUGUUUCUGGCAUACCAGGAUGUGUGCAUUUUCAGUGUUGUAGAGGCAUGCAUCCAUUGCCAGAUCCUUACUCAUGCUUUUGGGAAGAAAGAAGAAUAGAGUAAUCUAGGAAGUAGUCCUCAGUUUCCGAUAGUUUAACAUUGUGUAAUUUACAGUAGGAACAUGGCUGCUCACCCACACUUUUGGCUGCCUACCAUUCACUCCCAUUUGUCAGACUGUUUUGUACGUAAUAUUUAUUUCAUGUUAAAAUCAAAUCCAGUGUAAAUUGCCAAUAUAAUUUAAUACAAUAUACUAAAUGCUAAUUAUUGCUGAAAGUAUUCUUUUUUUUUUCCUCUUGUGGUUUAUAUUGUCAAAUUACUGAAUGUUCUCUAGUGAACUUUUUUUUUUCAAAGGAUGGACUUUCUCCAGUACACUGUAUUUUUUUUUCUUUUAAAUGUUGAAAUGGCAGAAACUGAUGGCAAAAAAAAAAAUGUUUUGUAGCUUUUAUAACAUUAACUUUAAUAAGUUGGUCUAGAAUGGUACAACCAAAUAAGGUGUAAAAAUUCAAAGAAAUUUUUCA